AUGGCCGGCUCCAGCAGCGCCCCGGCUUUGGUCGCGACUUUCGUUUUUGGUCUUGUUGUUCUAGCCGCCUCCGCGGCCAUAUUUUUCUUUGUUAAAGCCAGUAGAUCGCCUCUCUUUCGAGACGAGCUGAGGCUGGCCCUCUCGUUCUUCCUGGCGUCUUCGGCACUCUGGGGAGUACUCGAUUUCGCUGCAACGCUCGUCCACCAAAAUGCUCCCUCGGCAUGCCAGACCGUCAUCUCAUUCGCGGCCGUUUUCGAUCAAGUCGCUCGCGUUUCGGUGGAACAGUUCUUGCUCUGGGCAGUCAAUGGCGGUAUCAAGGUCACCAAGCUGUCGCUUGCUAUGCAGGGAUCUCUUCUCGUGAGGUUUAUUCUUGGCGCUAUUUUCGUGGGAGUCCAACGCCCUCAGUUCGAGCCAGUUUGUGUCGCCAGUAACCUGGUCCUCCCUAUCGGCGUCAUCGUCAUGGUGACUGAUGUAGCCAUGGUUGCGGCUCUCUCAACCAAGAUUGUCCUUGCGAAGAAAGACAACACUCUUAGGCCAGAACUGUCUCGGAGUAAUGCCUUGAUCUUUGUUACUGCCGGACUUGGCAUCUGGACCGGAUUGAGUAUCCCUCUCUUUCUCGGACUGAAGUCUUCUGGCUUGGCCGUCAGAACAAUACUACCUGCUAUUGGGCUUUUAAUUUUAAUUGGCGUUGUGGCUCUUUCCAUGAAGAAUUUCGUGUCGUUGCCAUCGGCUUCUACUCUGAAGAUCCAGAAAACUGUGUCCUUUGAAUCCACAACACAAAUCGAGGAGCCAACCCGCAAUAUCUCUGCCCAGCCAUUCCCCCCUCAGAGUAUGACGACUAGAGUGGGCGGCGUCCUGCCCAUUAUCAGCCAGCCACCUUCCGGCCAAGCUACCAGGGGUAUCGGCGGGCUUCCUGUUGAGGGUGAGUUGUUCCCCCCAAUGCGACCUCAGGCUGCGGCUCCCAGAGUGCACCACAAGAAGCAGAUGUCGGAUAAGGCCUUCAAUGGAGGUAAGGUUGUCAUCUCGCAACCGAUUGUGCCGGCAGGCACCGAACCGAGCACCUUCGACCAUAUUCCGACCAUCGAUUUGGCCACUGCCGCCAUGAAAGAGCGAGAGCGCCGCGAGCUGAGACCUCUCCCUUUCUCAAAUAUCGACGCCGCGCUUGACGGAGCCUUAUCUACUAGAGAAAUGAUGGACAAGUUGCAGACAUCCAAGCGGAAACCGGUCCCUCAAUCUACAUCCCCGAAGAACAGUCGAAACCUCCUUUCUGUCGAAGAGCCCUCAGUUGCCAUGACCUCAGCUGUGCAGCUCUCCCCCGGUGUAGAAGAAACACGGAGACGGUCCCCUCAACAGCCCUAUCAAGCUGACGGUCCCUCACCUUCUCCGCCAAUUGUCCCAUCCAAGGAUGAGGCCCGAACGCCAAAAUCAGCUCCCCUUCAAGCUGCGACAACAGUGCUGGUUCCACCGCCAAGAUCUACCAAGAGACCGCCUCCCAUCAAGCCAUUGCAGUCAAGGGCAACCAAAGAUAUCAACGCAUUGCCCGCUGUCUCUCGCUUUAGCGUCAGCACAAUGGAUCCCAUGACUGCACGGAUUACGUCGUCAAUGUUUAGUCCCCAGGAGCAAAAGUUAGCGAAAGCAGUGCCUCCGCCUCGUCAAACAUUUGUAGCGCCCCCGAUACCCGUCGAGGAGAUUUGGGUGGAUCCUCGAACAGCGUCCCUACCUCGAAGCAAUUCGGUCAAGAACAACAUUCGGCCAUCUCGGCGUGCGCCUCCGUCGCCUCCUGUAGAAGAAGAAGUGAAGGAAACAAAAACACCUCUUCAGCGAAUGGCAACAGUAGGACUGCCGCAGAAUCCAAGGGCCCGAGCGACUAGGAUGUUCACUGGGGAACGAGGUGAUUCCCACGAUCGACAAAUCAUGUUCAUGAAUAAUGAAGAGGAGAGUGCUUCUGUUUUGGUUGUGCCUGCACCAGAAGAGGAGGUCGAGUCUCCAUCACGGAAAUCCAUGAUUCACCGACCGAGACCAAUUCCUCGAAAAUCGACAGCUUCCGCGUCCGAGCUACUGGGCAUUUCUGUGCUCCCUCUUCAGGAUGACUUCACCAUCCUCUCAACGCCGAAUCUCCCUUUGAUCUCUCCUGUGGGUGUGAAAACUCUGUCGCAAAGUUCUUACGGUGCGACAUCGCCUGGAUCUCUCACUAGACGCAAGACUGUCAGAAGAACAUCCCUCGUUCCCGAUUUGCCUGCUGUUCCUGUAGAAUAUCAGGGUCAGCAGCCGAAAAUCUUGGAAGAUGCUGCUGUUGAUGUGGCGGGAACAAGCGUCUGGACAGUCGUUCCAAAUGACCAAGGAUUCCAAAUGCCUAGCUCUGACAAAAAGACACAGCGUGCCCUAUGCGUUUCAAAAUUCAGCGUAGACACUUCCUUGACCGCUGAAGAUUCUCGUUCGUCUUACCAUAGUCGAAUGUCAGUCAACACUCAGUCAUCUUACGAGGAAACCAUUGGUCGAAACUCGUCAGUCGUGUUUGCUUCGGAAUUCAAGCCUACGGCAGUUUCAACAUUGGUCAACUCCCUCAGUGAGCGCCCCUUGAAGCACGAGAGUGUCGAUUCUGAAUUCUCUAUGAUGCUGAGAAAUGCUCCGGUGCCACCGAAAACUGCCCCUAUCGAGAACCGAGUCACCGAAGAAGAUGACAAGAUGGCCGAAGUCCCCUUUGUGCUUGAUAUGUCUAAGUAUGAGUCAUCAACGGCCUCGGAAACUGGGUACAAAUCGACUCCCAAACAGUUGGUGUCAUGGCACCAUCGCGUUGGGGAAGAGCUUCCUUCAUUCUCAUCCCAACUGAAGUACCGGAGAAACCGAAAGCUCUUGGUGCCAAAACCCUUGGCCCUGUACAGGCCAGCCAAUGUAACUGUCGUUAUUGAAGCUGAGCCGUCACCUGUGGAACCCGACCAGGAGGCUCUCGAUAGAAUACACGAGCAGCUCAAAAAAUUCGACGUGGAGAAUGGAGACUCGCGUGCAACCAUCAGCGAGCAGCAGCGAAUGACCAUCUUGGCCAACCUAGAGUCUGAAAUGGGUGCACAAGAGUCUCAAUGGCAGAUGCUCAAGGUCGACCUUGGCCCAAGUUCCCCGUCGACCAUUGUCUCUUCGCCAGGCAUCAACUCUUUGCGCAGCAGCGUCGAUAUCAGUAAAUUUGAGAUGGUUCCCAUCACCAAGCUCAAUGCGAGUGCUGGCGAUUUGAUCGUGGCACUGAAGGAAGAGGUAUCGGCGGAUCAAUCAGUCAAGGAGGAAACGUCUGAAUCUGGAGAUGAUAAAUUCAAUCGCCGAUCCCUCUCAGCUUCAGGGAGAAUGAGCCUCAUCUCCGUUACCAACCAAUUAUCCUUCAUCAGUAGCCCUACUCCCCCAGAUACUGAUGAGUCGGGUGAGGAUAGCGAUAAUGAUAGCAUGGUGGAAGGUACCGGCUCAGCCAAAGACUUGUCUACGGCGCUGAUGCCAAGAAGCCAAGUAUCUACAGUUACAAGCUUUUUGGCCUUGGAUGAAGUGCUGAACAGCUCGACUGAGGAUGUUCAGAGCAAGCUAGAUGUUCCAGUCGAGUUUGAAGACGUUUCUCUGAUAACCCCCAAGGCCCAACCUCCUUUGGUGCACCCGCAACCAGAAGAGCCCAAGUUUGAGAGUGCCAAACCUGCCAAACCAGCUGAGCCUGAAACCAUCCGGUUUAGCCUAGCAGACUUGGAAAAACCUGCGCCACGACCGCGAUCAGUCACCCGACGACCUCCCCGACAGAGCAAGCGCAUUAGUGCGCUCCCAGACAUCGUUGAGAACCCUGAGCCGCUUGCCGGUAAGACAGGAUCUCUCGGUAUCUUCCAGUUUGCAUGGGGCGAAAAGUCAGACUCUGCCAGAGUCCCUCCCCGGAUGACUGGCAUUUCCGGCACCAUGUCCAGCGGUCGUGCUCGGAUGAACCCUCCGGCAGUGCUCCUGAGCUCGGUUCAGGAGAGACAGACCGAUUACCCUCCAGCACCCGCUCAGAGUUUCCUUGAUUAUGAUGAAAUGGAUAACGGCCUGGACAAUUACGAAGAUGAGGAUUACGAUGAUGGCUUUGACGAAGCUACGCUCUGGGAGAUUGCCAGCUUGCUGGAAAGCGAUCUGGAUGGAUCCCGUGACGAUCUCUUCAUGGUUGGUGAGGAGGAGAACUGGGAGGAUCAAGUGUCUGUGGUUGACGAAAUUCCAUCUGCUGCGUCUCCGGUUGAGGAGGUUUCCGAGAGUGCAAAGGAAGAAGUAUUUGAUGUCAUCCCUGUUACUCUAACUUCUGCAAACUCUUCUGAUGCUCCCCUACUAGUGCCCACUCUCUGGACAAGCCAUAUGAAGGCCCAGACGACAAAAUUUUUGGGCCUGCCGCAGGCUGCCGAGGGAGCAUGGCAAUACUUUACCGCUGCUCCUAGGUCCGCGCGUACCAUUCCUCGGAUGAUGGAGGAGCCGGCUCAGCUGUCAAGCAGCCACUUGUGGAUGGCUGCUUCACCUGGUGCUUCUAUGUACACAAGUGGUCUGUGGUGUGCGCCUACAGCUCACCGUGGGGAAGAGAAGGAGACGAAGGCUGCCAAGGCUUCUCUAAAAGCUGUUAAGACUCUGGUCUGGUCACCACCGAGCGCUACAAAGGUCCCUGGCCUGGGCCUGCCCCAGCCUGAUAUAAGACUUUGGAAGGCAUAUAUCCCCCAAGAGGCACGCAGCGUCCGCAGGACAACUCAGAUGCCUCGACCCGCGACAAUCGUAUCAACAUCGCUGUGGACAUUGAAGCCCACUGUAAAGACUAGCAAGUCAAAUGGCGUGUGGUCUCCAGUGAGCAAAGUAGAGGCCAAGCUGCGAAAGGUUGCUUUUGCUUCAGUGUGGUUGCCGCUCUCUCCCGCCAAAGGAACCAAAAUUGGACUGCCCCAGCCCGAUGCUAAUGUAUGGAACUCAUACAUUUCGCCAGUGGUCCGCACUGCUCGUAAAUCAUCUCGGAUGCCUCAGCCUGCAGUGGUUGCAUCGACAUCGCUGUGGAGACUCAAGUCUACCGCCAAACCCACCGCAUCAACUGGUGUAUGGAGCCCAGCACCCAAGGAGACUACAAUCGAGGUAAUGAGCCUUGCUACCUUGGCUAUCGUUCCCUCACUGUGGUCGCCAAUUUCUGUCACUCGCAACGGUGCGCUGGGACUUCCACAGCCGGAUAUCCAGGAGUGGAAUGCAUACAUCCAGCCUGAAAGCCGCGUUGCCCGCCGAACCUCUCGGAAGCAGCAGCAGCUCGCGACCCAAAGCGUUACUAUGUGGUCUGCUGAGCCUCGGAGGGCCAUUGAGUUGAUCUCUACAAAGCUGUGGGGUUUGAAGUCGAUGACCUUGCUUUGGGCGCCUUCUACCUUGAAGGGUGCUCGCAUCGGUCUCCCUCAGCCUGAUGAGAAGACUUGGAGCACUUACAUUGUUCUGCCAAGUCGUUCAAUUCGCCACAAGACCAAUUUCUUCAAAUAUGAGACCAUCAUGAGCACAUCAUUAUGGCAACCUUCCCCUGUUGUUGUUUCUCAGUCAGGAGGCGUAUGGAAGGCAAAAUCACUACCCGUCGAGCAAACCCGUGAUUCUCGCUCUGAUUUCUCUUUGAAGGUGGUUAAGGAUCUCCUGUGGUCUGUAUCAUCUACAAAGACGCCUUCCGUCGGGUUGCCGCAGCCGGAUGCCAUGGCCUGGAGCAUGUAUCUCCUCCCAGCAAGCCGUAGCCAUCGAACCGCUUAUGUGCCCAAGCCCAUCAUGAUCACCAGCACAUCUUUGUGGGCACCUGCACCAUACACCGAGUCUCCCUCAGGUGGCGUGUGGAAGCCAAAGUCACUGCCCCCCAAGAGUGAAGUAGCGAAGCCAUCUCAGGUACCUAAUGUUAAACCCGCCGCAGUGGUGGUGGAUUUGCUAUGGUCUUCAUCACCCGCAAAGACGGUUUCUUUUGGCUUGCCGCAGCCAGAUGCCAAGUUCUGGACUGCUUACCUCGUUCCGGCCGGUCGUAGCCAUCGAAGUGCGUAUGUUCCUAGGGUUAUUACAAUCUCAAGCACGUCCUUGUGGUCGCCCGCGUCGACCAUUGAGACUCAGUCGGAUGGCGUGUGGAAGUCUAAGUCAGAGCUGUCAAGCACUCAAGAGAAGAAGGCGACCCUAAAGUCUGCCAAGGCAAACACAGGCUCGCUGUGGACUCUGCCCGUCGCUACAAAGGCUUCAAUCGGCCUACCUCAGCCAGAUUCCAAAGCAUGGGAAUCAUACAUUCCGCCCAUGACCCGCUCUACCUUGCGCAGAGUCUUGACCUCGGAGAUUGCUUCAAUCGAAAGCCAAGCACUAUGGCGUCUCCCGCCUAUCAAGCAGGCCGCUUCUGGCUAUCUUUGGCGCCCGAGCACGACGCGAGCUGAAAAGAAGCGCCCAACAGUUCAAACUGCAAUUCGCUCAGUGGCAACGCUCAGCUCGGCCGCGUCUUCGGCCGCAGACGAGAGCCCUGUCCCUGCCAUUGCUGCACGUGCAGCCGGCCUCCGUACUUCCACACCAGUCUUGAUGACGCAAGAACAGUGGAAGCUGGCAUUCAAGAGAAUCUCUCAAGACGUGCAAAAGGACUCCGUGGCGGCGGCUCCGUCGAAUCAUGCCUCCAGGCCCCGUCCCACCAGGCUGAAUCGCUCUCAAUCAGUCAAGAACGGCCGCCCAGUCUUCGAUCCCUCCGUCAUGGCCCUCAUCUCCGAACUGCCUUCCCCUAACCAGGCCCUCGGCCGAUCAAAGAGCAUCUCCUUCUUGCCGCCCAGCCGCAAGGCUUCUGAGAGCCCUUCGGCAAGCCUUCCUAAUGCAGAGCCUUCUCAGCCAGCCACACCCUCUCUGAUCUAA